ACAAAAUAUAUUCCCUCGACCGGCUCCAGAGUCUCGCUGGCGGUGGGACGUUACCGAAGCAGCAAAUCCUCCGAGAUCUUGUUCGCCUGCACCCGCCGCACCUGCUCCUCUGUUCGAGCCAGGGGAGCUCACCUCCUGGUCCUUCUACAUGGCCGAAAUAGCCAAGUUCAUCGCCACUUUCCUCUUCCUCUACAUCAGAUGCUCCAACGUAGGCAUCCAGGGGAUCGCUUAGGCCUUCGGAGGGAUGAUCUUCGCCCUCAUUUACUGCUCCGCCGGAAUCUCAGGUCCCCCAAAAUCCAAUCUCAAAUCGAGCUUAAAAAUAACUUUCAGGAAUUCAAUUGGACUGACAAUUUUUUUUGUUUUAAUGUGAGACAACAGGUGGCCACAUUAACCCGAAGAUGA